GCUGAGGGGGGGUUCUUGAAACAGACUAAUUGGGACGGAUGGGAGUCACUGCACAAAGAAGUACAGGCUCUGGAGCCUGGCUGUCGUACUCUUCAAGGAAUUAGGGGUAAGAUCCUGGCCGGUAGGCUAAUGGUGUCCAGCUGUGGAAAGCGGUUGCUUAGUACACUAUUUGCAAGCAGGGUGUACUUUUUGCAACUUUUUCAUACGGGUUAAUUGUACAUACUAUUUUUUCUGCAACUUUGUUAGUUGUAAUCUGCACUUUUACAGUGAAGAGAAAAGCACAAAAGGGCACAGAGUGCAAAAGUAACUAAAAAGACUAAGGGGAAAACGCCACGAAAAGAAACUUACAGCUAACCGACGGGUCAUUUACUGUCGGGACUGCGGGUGACAGAAGGGCCAGUCCCAGCUGGGAGUAAAGACGAGGAGAAUGUGUGUCGCCCUUCAGCGCCUGCAGUCUGUGUUACUGCUGGGUUUGCUCAGUUCCGGGCUGCAUGUACUUCGCCUGGCACAGGCUCAGUUUCAUGGCGAGAGGGGCAUCUCCAUACCGGACCAUGGCUUCUGCCAGCCCAUCUCCAUCCCACUGUGUACUGACAUCGCUUACAACCAGACCAUCCUGCCAAAUCUACUAGGUCACACGAAUCAGGAGGAUGCCGGAUUGGAGGUGCACCAAUUUUAUCCACUUGUGAAGGUUCAAUGCUCCCCUGAGCUGAAGUUCUUCCUCUGCUCCAUGUAUGCUCCUGUAUGCACAGUGCUUGAGCAAGCUAUCCCGCCAUGCAGGUCCAUCUGCGAACGAGCUCGUCAGGGCUGUGAAGCACUCAUGAACAAGUUUGGAUUCCAGUGGCCCGAGAGACUACGCUGUGAAAACUUUCCACUACACGGAGCUGAUCAGAUCUGCGUGGGACAGAACCACACCGAUGACCCACCCACUGUCUACCCGACAACACCAAGCAGUCGCGAUCACCCAGGGGCAGGUGGCACCCCGGGCCUUCCAGCCUAUUCCACUCCGGAGCACCCCUUCUUUUGUCCACGGGUGUUGGACGUUCCGCCCUACCUUAAUUACAAAUUUCUGGGAGAAAAAGACUGUGCUGCCCCUUGUGAGCCCUCCAAAGGGAGUGGGGGUUCAAUGUUUUUUAGUGCCGAGGAGAUCCGUUUUGCUCGACUUUGGAUUCUAACCUGGUCAGUGUUAUGCUGUGCAUCCACAUUUUUUACAGUGACAACCUACUUGGUGGACAUGCAACGAUUCCGCUAUCCGGAGCGACCCAUCAUAUUCCUCUCCGGCUGUUAUACUAUGGUCUCAGUCGCAUACAUAGCGGGUUUUGUGUUGGGAGAUCGGGUUGUGUGCAAUGACCAGUUCAAGCCUGAUGGUUACAGGACAGUGGUACAAGGCACCAAAAAGGAAGGCUGCACUAUACUUUUUAUGAUGCUGUACUUUUUCAGUAUGGCCAGUUCCAUCUGGUGGGUCAUCCUUUCUCUGACAUGGUUCCUGGCAGCUGGCAUGAAAUGGGGUCACGAAGCUAUCGAAGCGAACUCUCAGUAUUUUCACCUUGCCGCGUGGGCAGUGCCCGCAGUCAAGACCAUUACAAUCCUUGCCAUGGGCCAGAUCGAUGGCGACCUUCUCAGUGGUGUCUGCUUUGUGGGCCUCAAUAACUUGGACUCACUAAGGGGUUUCGUGUUAGCCCCACUCUUCGUUUACCUCUUCAUUGGUACCUCAUUCCUACUGGCCGGUUUUGUGUCCCUUUUUAGAAUCCGCACCAUCAUGAAACACGAUGGCACCAAAACCGAGAAAUUGGAGAGGCUUAUGGUGCGCAUUGGGGUGUUCAGCGUUCUCUACACGGUGCCAGCUACUAUUGUUAUUGCUUGUUAUUUCUAUGAGCAGGCUUUCCGGGAGCAAUGGGAACGUAGCUGGAUAAGUCAUAAUUGCAAGAGUCUGGCAAUUCCGUGCCCACUACAAUACACGCCCCGUAUGAGCCCCGAUUUUACAGUUUACAUGAUCAAGUAUCUUAUGACCCUAAUUGUGGGUAUCACCUCUGGCUUCUGGAUCUGGUCCGGCAAGACACUGCACUCAUGGCGCAAAUUCUACACUCGGCUGACCAACAGCAAACACGGGGAAACUACUGUCUAAAGACAGCCUACCUAACAGAAGAGUAGUUUUUUUUACAAACGUUUCACCAAACUUUUUAAAGUCUAACUCCCGACAUGUAAUUAAAACCUGUACAUAACAUCUUGUAAAUUUUAAUUAUAUAUAUUUGUAUUUAAAGAAAUGCGGGAAGAGAUCCAGGAAACAAAACAAAACAAAUCUAUUUAGGGGCGAUUAUGACUUCAGUUGCGUAGCCGAGGACCCCAAGAAACAGAACCUUAAAAUGUACGGCUAUCCAACUGUUGCUGGACUUAAUAUUUGUUUACACCGUGGAGGGUGUUUUGACUUGUGGGUGGAUCCCCACUUUGUUUUGGAAGUGGCCCAGGAUGCUCUUAAAUGGAGGUAAAGCUCCACAGUUUGGCCCACUGCGGGCUUCAAAACUGCUUCAGGACCCACCUUUGAAGGAUCUCUUGAAGUUCUUUUGUAAUGACUCCUUUUUACUUUUAGUAGAAAUUUCAGGAAGGCACCUGUUAACAUUUAUGCUUUCACCCCAAACAUAAUGCCUCGUUUUUUUCUAGCUGUAGGAAAAAUAUUUAUUUUUUUUUAUUCCGGCUAUACACAUACUUUUACCUUGGCCUAUUGCACACCUCUUGCUAUGCAUCGGACUAACCAAAAGAUGCAGUAUCCUGAAUGUUUAAGUUUAACCUCCUCUCAUUUUUUUUACAGUUGAUAAUUUACAGCUAGUAGGUCCCCUCACCCUGUACUAAUGUAAAUUAAUAGCCUUUGUGUCGGCCACUUAAAUAAGGCUCACUUGUUGCUAUAUUGUUUAAUUUUUAUAUUGGCUCCAGAUCUGCUUUUUGACCCUUCUGACGUGAUCAGUGCCAUUAAAACAUGGAUACUGCAUUUUCUUGGCAUUUUAACUUUUGUGUUAAGAGUUUUUAUUGGUUUCUUCUCUCAUAGAUUUUUUAAACAUUUAGACAGCAAUAUGUGUUUCUAAAUAUUUGUUUUCAAGUGUUUAUUUUUCUCCUAAAAUAAAACAUGCAGGCUUUUUAUACAAAUUCACAUGGAGUAAUUUUAAACUACUGGUUUAGAGCAUAAUUUUGUUUCUGAAGAAUUUUUCCAGUGACAUUGAUUUUAGUUCUGUAUUGUAAGGAAAUAGUUUCCCAAGUAUUUAAGCCAAGAAUAUGUAAGUUAAAAAUAAAAAAAAUGUUUUGCCCAGUAUUUGCAACACUGUUUGGGUACAGCUCAUUAGAUACUAGGUCUGUUAAAUGGUGCCCCCCAAAAUAACAGUAGUGAAGUCUUAAGUUGCCCCUCAUUGCAAUAAGUGAAGUCUAGAUAGAGUUGCAUGAGUUGGGAGCCAAGGUAUGAAUUUUGACAUGUGUUUUAGCUGGGUGCCUUAUACUUAAGAUUGGCAUGAAGGACAGAACUGCAUGAGCUGACCACAGUUCUGCUAUCAGACAGGACAACAGUUUGGUUUAAGCAUGCGGUGGCUUACUGACCUAUUGUUUGCCCGAGAUGGAGCUAAAUGUUUGGUCCUUCAGAUAUUUCAGAGAACUAAAGAACUGAUUGGUGUUUUUCUCUCAAGGAGAUGCUGUGAAGUUAAAAUGAACAGUUUUGAUUCUAAAUAGGGUAUUUUCGGCAAUGCAUAAAUCAAACAUAAAAUUGAAGAUACAGUGUUUGAUUAUAUAGCAAAAGUCAUGACUAGGCACAGAAUGUGAAAGAAGGGAAGAGCGUGGAUACUUUGCAGGUUUUUAUAGACUUUAGAGGAGAUGGCAAAGACUGGUGGAUUCAAAAUCAGGCGAUGCAGUACUGAUACAGAAUGUGCUGUGGGUGCAGUACUGAUACAGAAAGUGCUGUGGGUACAGUGUAGCAAACAGAAAAGUGAAAGCUUUAUAGGGCCAGAUUAGUUGGGACAGAUGGAUCAUUUUGUGCCGAUAUUCCUUGCAGAAUAGAAGUCAUGUGUACAUCUGGAACGUAAGGAUGUCUAGCUUAACAAUAUUGGUGUUUUGUAAGUUAACAUAUUGCAAGACUAAUGUAAUAGGAGAAGGGGUAGAUGGGGCAAUAAUUUGGAGUGAUUUGUUCUGUGUGGGGGUGGGAAGAGGCUAUGCAAGCUGCAUCAGUGUCAAGAUGUUUUUCAUCGUGGGAAGCAGUUAAGCUGUGUGGGGAGUUCACCUUUGUGUUCCUCUUUCCAUGUUAAUAGCACAAUAUUUUGUCUGCUUUUUUUGAAUAUUAUAUUGAGAACUCUGAAUUUUGCUGCCCACCUUCCAUUCUCCUGAUUUCUAUAACUUUCCAUUCUCCUGAUUUCUUUUACCAUUAUUAGUGUCUCAUUUAGUUGGUUUACAGGCUGUUAACUUUUCUUUGGAAUGAAAUGCUGAACAAUUUGAGAUGCAUGUAUUUAAAGUAAAGCCCAUGUGUGGUGAGAGCCAUUUGUGAAGCACUGGACAAGAAAUGUUGGAAUGUAUUAACCAUAAUAAUAAUAUAGUUCUGAAGCUCCCCACCCCCCCAAAAAAAAAAUAUUAAGGAAUGUUCUCAGUCUGGUUUAAUUGUAGGCCAUAGAUGAAUAAAAUUAUUUUUGACAAGGUUUUUGUUUUUAUGUAAUCAGUAUGUUUUGUUAUUUUUGAAACAGAAUUCCCAAAAUAAAGACUUGCGUGAUGGGGAAAGAUUUUUAUUUUUACCCUGUUUUUUGGUAA